AUGGCGGGGAGAGGCGGGAGGGGCGGCCCGAAAUGGGAGCCGGAGGGGGACGGUCCCGUGGGGGAGGGAAAGGAGCAGCAGCAGAAGGAACAAGCCACGGGGAACCGGCCCCCUCGCGCAGCCGCCUCUCGGCCCCGGAGCUCCGUCCCCGCCGAGGCCGAUGGCAGCCGCACCCGCGGGAGCUCGUCCGCAUUCACACGUCGCUCACGUGCGGAGGCGCCGGGAAAGGGAGAGGCUGUGAGACUAGGACGCCUCGUUCUCACUGGACUCACGGCCACUGUGCGGUCCCGCCGGACCCCGCUCGGCCGUGGGGCUGUCAUCCGACCGGGUCCGCCCGCGCGGGCAGGGGAGCCUCCGGCCGACUCCACGCUGCGGGGUUGCCUCGCUUUGCUGCACGUCCUCCUGCUCCCCCACCGGCCGGCCGCCCGGGGCGCAGGCUCGGCCCCCGAUGCCAUUUGUGCUGCUGCUGCCAUUGCGCGGCCAACUGAGCCUUCUCUCCUCUGGGCCCGUGCUCCCAGCCUCGGGGAUGGCAGCGACUCUGGCCUCUCCGACAGUGAGGAGAGUGUGUUCUCGGGCCUGGAGGAUUCUGGCAGCGACAGCAGCGAGGACUCCGCUGAGGGACAGGAUGGGGCCAGCGGUGAUGAGGGCCACGGCAGGACAGAGAAGACCGCUGGGCAGCAGGCUGUCAGCACCCCCUCCUCGCCCCCGAGGACAGAGGCGGCGGCAGGAGCACAGGACGAGUACGCGGAGGACAGUUCCGACGAGGAGGACGUGCGGAACACGGUGGGCAACGUGCCCCUGCAGUGGUACGAUGACUUCCCACACGUGGGCUAUGACCUGGAUGGCAGGCGCAUCUAUAAGCCUGUGCGAACCCGCGAUGAGCUGGACCAGUUUCUGGACAAGAUGGACGACCCUGAUUACUGGCGCACAGUGCAGGACCGGAUGACGGGGCACGACGUGCGGCUGACAGAUGAGCAGGUGGCCCUGGUACGGCGGCUGCAGAGGGGCCAGUUUGGGGAUGCGAGCUUUGACCCGUAUGAGCCGGCCGUGGACUUCUUCAGUGGGGACCUCAUGAUCCACCCUGUGACCAACCGCCCCGCCGACAAGCGCAGCUUCAUCCCGUCCCUGGUGGAGAAAGGAAAAGGUGGGUGCCCUCCUCCAGGUGUGUCUCGCAUGGUGCAUGCUAUCAAGAUGGGCUGGAUCCAGCCUCGCCGGCCCCGUGACCCUACCCCCAGCUUCUAUGACCUGUGGGCUCAGGAGGACCCCAAUGCCGUGCUGGGACGUCACAAGAUGCAUGUGCCGGCGCCCAAGCUGGCCCUGCCGGGCCACGCCGAGUCCUACAACCCGCCCCCGGAGUACCUGCCCAGCGAGGAGGAGAGCCUGGCCUGGGAGCAGCAGGAGCCCAGUGAGCGGAAGCUCAACUUCCUGCCACGCAAGUUCCCAAGCCUUCGGGCCGUGCCCGCCUACGGCCGCUUCAUCCAUGAGCGCUUUGAGCGCUGCCUGGAUCUCUAUCUGUGCCCGCGGCAGCGCAAGAUGAGGGUGAAUGUGGACCCUGAAGACCUCAUCCCCAAACUGCCUCGCCCACGGGACCUGCAGCCUUUCCCCACAUGCCAGGCCCUGGUCUACAGGGGCCACAGCGACCUCGUCCGCUGCCUGAGUGUCUCCCCGGGGGGCCAGUGGCUGGCUUCAGGCUCAGAUGAUGGCUCCGUGCGGCUCUGGGAGGUAGCUACUGCCCGCUGCAUGAGGACUGUGCCCGUGGGGGGCGUGGUGAAGAGUGUGUCGUGGAACCCCAACCCCACCAUCUGCCUGGUGGCCGUGGCUGUGGAGGACGCGGUGCUGCUGUUGAACCCAGCCCUGGGGGACCGGCUGGUAGUGGGCAGCACGGACCAGCUGCUGGGCACCUUCACCCCACCUGAGGAGCCUGCCCUGCAGCCCGCCCGCUGGCUGGAAGCCUCAGAGGAGGAGCGCCAGGGGGGCUUGAGGCUGCGCAUCUGCCACGGCAAGCCGGUGACCCAGGUGACCUGGCAUGGGCGUGGGGACUACAUGGCCGUGGUGCUGGCCACCCAGGGCCACACCCAAGUGCUGAUCCACCAGCUGAGCCGCCGCCGCAGCCAGAGCCCCUUCCGCCGCAGCCACGGGCAGGUACAGCGCGUGGCCUUCCACCCCGUCCGGCCCUUCCUGCUGGUGGCCUCCCAGCGCAGCGUCCGCUUGUACCACCUGCUGCGCCAGGAGCUCACCAAGAAGCUGAUGCCCAACUGCAAGUGGGUGUCCAGUAUGGCUGUGCACCCUGCAGGUGACAACCUCAUCUGCGGCAGCUACGACAGCAAGCUGGUGUGGUUUGACCUGGACCUUUCCACCAAGCCUUACCGAGUGCUGAGGCACCACAAGAAGGCCCUGCGGGCAGUGGCCUUCCACCCCCGGUAUCCGCUCUUUGCAUCCGGCUCCGACGACGGCAGUGUCAUUGUCUGCCAUGGGAUGGUGUACAACGACCUGCUGCAGAACCCGCUGCUGGUGCCGGUGAAGGUGCUGAGGGGGCACACGCUGACCCGAGACCUGGGCGUGCUGGAUGUUGCUUUCCACCCCACCCAGCCGUGGGUCUUCUCCUCAGGGGCUGAUGGCACCGUCCGCCUCUUCUCCUAGAAGCCCGGCCUGUGCUGGGUCCAGGCACCGGCUCAGAACCCUCAAUAGAGAUGUUUCUCCCCCGA